AUGAGACCUCCACUUCGUUCAACUCGAAGUCCACGAUCACCCCCUGCUUCGCCAAAUUCCGAAUCACGACCCAAACCCACCUUGGCCGACGUGGCCAUCGCGCCGCGUCGUAGAUUCCGGGACGGUAGUUCAAGUUCUAGAGGAAGAUCAUCAAGGGGUAAUUCGGUGGUAUCUUCAACAUCUAGUAGAGCAAGUUCAACCACAAGUAGACCUGCCGGCAGUGGCACUGGGAGUGGAAGGGUGUUGGAUAAUAUCAGAAGAAGAGGUAGUCGCGAUAUGCCUAAUCAGAUAGAACGAAGUGGAAGUUUGCCUUCUAACGUCACGGUCUAUAGUGAAUCCGAUGGAGGAAGUUUUGUACCUAGCAAUUCGAAUUCCACUUCAAGGGAAAGUAGUCUCACCCCUCCACCAGCAACCGAACCUCAAACAUCAACGACUCGUCAUCUUUCCAAUUCCUCUUCACCUAAUGAUACUCGACAUCAAAGUCAAUAUCAACGAAAACCUCCUGGAUAUAACCAAUCGAUAUUAGACGUGAUGGACCAAUACCAGUCGCAAUCCCAGAAUACUCUUUCUUUACCAAAUGGUGAUAAUGCUUCCAGUCGAUCGCGGCAUAUGCCUCCCAGCUCUUCUUCCUCCUCCUCAUCCGAAUCGAGCGAUGGUAGAAGGUACACAACGGAAGAGAAAGGAAAAGGAAGAGCGAUCGUCCCUGCUACUACACCUAUAGAAAUCCAAUCAUCCCCUGAAGAAUCCGAUGACCCCCAGAGAGACAAUUCAAUACAAUUGAUAGACUCGUCGCCUCAGAAGAAAAGAAGAAGAAGGAGUGAUUCAGAUGUAAUUGUCGACUCGGUAAAAACCGAUUCUAACGAUAGGAGUAAAGGUGUUCGAGGGGAAGAAGAGAAAGAGGUGGACGAGGAUGAUACGUUGGCUGGCGGUUACACUUGUCCUGUUUGUUUCUGUCCUCCUUCGCAGGCUGUGAUGACACCUUGCGGCCACAUCCUUUGCGCUCAGUGCCUUCAUUCAUCUCUCCUCGCCGCUAUCGGCCGUAAUCCCAACCCAUAUCCCGAUCCAAUGCUGAACCGUCCCGCAGGAAGAGGUAGGAACCAUCACACCAAUCGUAAUCCUCAACGAACGGUAUCUAUGCAUGGUAUGACUGGGGGACCGACCAAAUGGACUAAAGAUCUCUUGAUCGAUUUCUGGUUAUACCAUUUAACUCAAGAAUGCGAGAAGUCCCUGAAAGACGCCCAGAUACCACAAGAAGAGUGGGAAGGGAUCAAAGCGGUUCAAAUCCCCGGUGCGGACGAGGUGAAAGUGGAACAGAGGUUAAAAUGUCUGUGGAGGGUGGAUGAGAGUUGGGUGGUUGAAGGAGAAUGUCCUGUCUGUCGAAACCCUUUACCUGGUGGAUAUGGUCCUUAUGGGACUGGUAUAGGCGGUAUUAUACCCCUGCAAGCUAGACUAUCCAGUACCGUCACCGGUCCAAAGAGGAAAAGGUAG